UAGAGCCGAUAUUGAGCAUUUGGAUUUAGAGUCAUGGGACCCGAUUCGUAAGAUUGUCUUAGAACAAACAACCUCACCCGCGACGAUUUUUCUUUUCGUUCUGGCUUCCAAAUUCUCAAACAGAUCGUCAAUCAAUUAGCAAGGGCACUUCUGAGGUACGGGUGUGAACUUUUGUUCCUAAUAUGUCCCAUUAUCACGGGGAUGAUACUGACUACAUGGCUGAUGAGUACGAAAUGGAAGACAUUGACGAUGAUAUGGAUGAUGAGUAUCAUGAUAGAGAAGUGGAAGGCUCAGAUUCUGAUGCUGAUGAAUACAACUCGAGUAGUAGAAUAGUUGAUACCACUGCAGCUCAAGCAAGAAGAGGAAUAGAUAUUCAAGGGAUUCCUUGGGAGCGACUUAGCAUUACUAGAGAAAAGUACAGGAAAACUAGGCUUGAGCAGUACAAGAACUAUGAAAAUAUCCCUAAUUCAGGAGAAGGGUCAGAGAAGGAUUGCAAGGUUACUGAUAAAGCAUGUUCAUACUAUGAAUUUUGCCGAAAUUCAAGAUCUGUGAAAUCCACCAUUCUUCAUUUUCAGUUGAGGAACUUAGUAUGGGCGACAUCAAAACAUGAUGCAUACCUUUUAUCACAUUUUUCUGUAAUUCAUUGGUCAUCAUUAUCAUGCACCAAGUCUGAAGUACUCAAUGUUUCAGGACAUGUGGCACCUACAGAGAAGCACCCUGGGAGCUUAUUAGAGGGAUUUACACAGACACAAGUCAGUACACUUGCAGUGAAAGAUAAGCUCCUCGUUGCUGGGGGAUUUCAGGGAGAGCUUAUUUGCAAGCAUCUAGACCGCCCAGGUGUCAGUUUUUGUUCCAGAACAACUUACGAUGAUAAUGCUAUAACUAAUGCUGUUGAGAUAUAUACUAGCGCUAGUGGUGCAGUUCAUUUCACUGCAUCUAAUAAUGAUUCUGGAGUCAGAGAUUUCGAUAUGGAGAAAUUUCAGCUUUCUAAGCACUUCUGUUUUCCUUGGCCAGUUAAUCAUGCUGCCUUGAAUCCAGAUGGUAAACUUCUUGUGAUUGUUGGUGACAAUCCUGAAGGUUUAUUGGUCGACUCACAAACUGGAAAGACGGUUGCAUCUCUAUGUGGGCACUUGGAUUUUUCAUUUGCAUCAGCAUGGCAUUCUGAUGGCGUUACCUUCGCCACUGGGAACCAGGACAAAACUUGCAGGAUUUGGGAUGUAAGAAAUUUAUCAAAAUCUGUUGCUGCUCUGAAAGGCAACCUCGGAGCCAUUCGGUCCAUCCGCUAUUCCUCUGAUGGUCGGUACAUGGCAAUGGCAGAACCAGCAGACUUUGUGCACGUGUUUGAUGUGAAAAGUGGGUAUGAAAAAGAACAAGAAAUUGACUUUUUCGGAGAAAUCUCUGGUGUAUCCUUUAGUCCAGACACGGAAUCGCUUUUCAUUGGAGUAUGGGAUCGAACAUAUGGUAGCCUUCUCGAGUACCACAGACGCAGAAAUUACAGUUACCUAGAUUCGUUGUACUAAGUUUGGAAUUAUAAAAGAAACAAACUUGGGAAUAAGAUGGGUGGUGAAAAUGAAAAUUGUUUAAUUAACAUAGUAACAUGUAGUGGAUAUGUUCUUGUAAUUUGUAAGUGUAUAUUUAGUGUGUUGUGAAACAAUAGCCUUAUGUAUUAUGAUUUGAUGACACUUUGGUUUUCAAGUCACAUUUUGAGUGUAUGCUGAAGGGAGUGUAAAGAAAGGCUUGUGGGGGAUGAUAAUGAAUAGAUGGCCAGGGUGUCACCUCUUUGCAAA